CAUGAGACUUAUUUAACUUACAAUUAAACACUCAGCAUCUAUCUAAUGCUAGCCGUUACACUUUAGUUCGCACGUCAAGAAACACAGAAUCAAUUUUCAAUUUCACAACCACUUCUGCUUAUACCUAUCGUCAGUUGGGUAACAAGCUUCUACACUUGGAUCGAGCCCGCCUAGCCCGCUCAGGGGCAGCGAGAUCCUAUGACGUAGGUGAUUCCUCGCACGAACGUGCGUCUACGCAUCAUCAAAGACACGAGAUGUCAUGGAGCUGCAUGAUUGUCAAGGGAAGGGUGAAAGAAAAGUGACAACCAAUCAUUUAUACGGUCGUUUGAGGUGUGAACUUGAGUUAACAGCAAAUGACACCAAUUUAGAACUUCGUCGUACUUGACAUUCAUCAUCUUUGUCACAGCACCCAAUUUGUUCAGUCAACUUGACUUAUAUGUGAUAGUUCUGGGACAUCCGGCCCAGGUGGAUCAACCAUGAGCAAGCCCUGGAUCUUUGUAUGCCCUUCAACCCGAGGAAUUGGUUAUGCUCUCACUCGACACCUCCUCCAGAAGACAUCCUUACCUAUACUCGCAACAGCUCGUCUCCAACACGACCCAGAAACUGUCAAGAAAUCACUUCUCGAAGGCCUUUCCGAGAAAGAAGGUCUCACCAAACGCCUGUCGAUAGUUCACGCAGAUGUCACAGACGAGGGGUCUCUCAUUGAUGCAGCUUCUAGAGCUGCUGAACUGUUCCCCCCUGACAAGCAUCACCUGCGGCUUGCGUGCGCGGUUCCUGGGGUCCUCAAACCAGAGAAGAAUGUCAACCAGAUAGAGGCAGAGGCUAGUUUGAGGCAAUUUCGCAUCAACACCAUGGGUCCUCUCCUCCUUAUCAAACACUUUGACAAGUUUCUUCCCAGGCGGAGCUCUGAGCUCGAGGACAGCCCCAACAGUGAUGAGGUACAGAUGCCUCCGUAUUCGGUGUGGCUCAGUAUGGCAGCUCGGGUUGGCUCCACAUCAGAUAAUAGGGCUGGGGGAUGGUUCUCAUAUCGGGCGAGCAAGGCAGGAGUUAUCAGCCUGGGCAAGAGUUACGACAUAUUUCUCCGUGGGCGGAGUGGUGACAAGGCCAUCUCCAUUGCCUAUCACCCUGGCACGGUCAAGACAGACCUGAGCAAGGGUUUCUGGGAGAGUACAAAGGAGGGCAAACUAUUCAGCCCUGAAUUCGCUGUCGACAGACUUGUAAAAGUCGCAACGGGUCUCCCCCUGGAAGGGCGAGGCAAGUGUAUGGACUGGAACAACAAGGAGAUCCUCCCAUAAAGUGAGGCGUGGAUCAUUAAAAGAGCUGAAAGAAUAACGCAACUCAGAGUCGUUUGCGCGAAAAUCAAGUUAUUAAACCAGUAUCUGCUCUGCCCUUUCACCAAGAUCUUGCCAGUCAACAUAACCACAUGAGACCGUACCAGACAGGGACCACUGUCCACUCACUGCCUAAUCAUGCUAUCUUUUCAAACAAAGUCAAUCCCAACUACAUAAUUGAAGUACCUCUUGGUCUAUAGCUCCACUUCUUGAAAGGAUGCUCCAUCUGGUGUAGGUGCGGUCUUCGCGUUUGACUCCUCUUCUGCGUCGUCAUCUGACGCUUCUUGCUUAUCAUCGUGUUCGGGUUUACUUGAUUCACCAUUAUGGGCGGGUCGUAGGGCAACCUUCUGCUCCUCUUUAUCCUCGAAUCGUACCUUUUGUUCCUCUUGUGGUGAUGUCUUCGUCUUUUGCUCGAUCUCGGCUUCUUCUUCGCCCUCAGUGCUGCUACCGCCGGAGCUCUGCUUUCCGCCGUUCCUUUGCGCGUCCUCUUCUUGCUUCUCCUUGACCUUCUCGUCUAGCUUCUCCUCUGAUGGAGAUGCCUGCUCGCCGUUGUGGGCAGGCGGCACGGGCAGGCUCUUCUCCUCCUUCUCUGGAGGAGGUGGAGGUGAAGCCUCCUCGGCUGGGGGGCCUGGCUUCAUAGCAUCAAGAUAGAAUUUGGUAACACCUAGAAUGCGGCCACUCUUCUCGCAAGCCUCAACCCAUUCGGGACGUACGACGGGAAUGUUGCUCUCGACAGCUUUCUCCCAUUGCUGCCCACGUCCCUCAGUAGUAACAAAAUGCGUCGUGUCAAUGCGGACGCCAUCAACAAUCUUGGCCCCGAUGCGCUCAACCGCAUUUGUCAAGCUGUCCUUGACGGCACUAGGCAGAAUACCGGUAGUAAUGGUAAUACCUCUUAGAUCCGUCAUUUUGUGAGUCCUCACGGAGACGCGCUCACUGAUGAAGGUGCCAGCGCUUGUGCGCAGGACCAGGUGGAAGGUAUACUCUGUAUCAACAGCAAGGCCGCUAAUCUUUGUGCUGUGCAUCUGUAACGGGCGAGGGAUAUUUCCAGCUUUUUGACCAUUUCGGUAGAGACUCAAAGAAAUAAGGUCGGCGGUAGCAAGCUGAAUAGGAUCCCACUCAAGAACGACCGAGGUUUGGGUUGCAUUGCGGCAUCGCAGCACUGGAGUUGAAGGCUCCGAGGCACCAAAUGAGUUGUAGAUGCUGUCUUGGAGGGCACGGAAUGCGUGAUCGGCAGCAGCUUCUUUGGUCGCGUUCUGCGAAACGUUGAUGUCGACGAUACUGCCUGACGAGAUGUUGGGAGGGAGGAGGAUAGAUGGGAAUUCGAUCUAAGGGCACUCUCUGCAUUAGCAAUUAUCACCAACAGAGAAGAUGCUGCAAGCUCACCAAGCGCUUGUCCGGUGUCAGAAGAACAGUAACGCCGGCAUCGACCUUGCCGACAGUGAGAGAGACGAGCAUCGUUGGGAGUGUCGCAGCAAUCAAAGGGUGAUGAUGACGCCGAGGGUAGUCUCUAGGCAAUUAUGCAAGGGGAAAAGAGAAGGUGAAACAAGGGUAUCUUCGAAAAGGAGAAUCUAAAGAAGACGCUGACCAAAUCGCCUAUCUGAUCUGUAGUUGAAGCGAGAAAGGUUGCUGAUAAUUGCGAAUGCGAUAGGGAUGGAACCUCGACGUGGAAUCUUUGGUUGGGACAAGCUGCAUGAGCAAGGACACGCACGCCAGCCAGCAAGGGCACUAAAGACAAAGUGCUCCAGCUCCCAUUCAGCCCAGCAAAUUUGAGCACCUAAGACUGCCUGGAGCUUAGGCCCUGGGCCCCUAAGAGGCUUGCUACCUACUAACUAGCGCCCCUCUGAGGCUCUCCGCCCUCAGGGCACCUCACUACAAAGUGGGGACUCGGGAGUUAAUAUAAGAGCCAGGACAAAACUCAUGGACAUCUCCCAUCCGUGGGUGUUACCACGGCGGGGGGUGUCACAUGGAUAUUAUCCUUUCAUACCUACCUAGGUAUGUAUGUCUCAUCUUAAGGCUCACUACUUUACAUAUUGACUAAUGCUCAACUUAACAUGGCUGAAUAGUAAUAUACAGUUUAUUGGUGAAAACAUUGGUAUCAUAGCAUCAAGUACACACAUGACUUACUAGCCCACGCAAAUCUGAUCCAGUCCUCGGGUCUACCGAUAGGUUGGCUCUAUGCAGACAAAGGAUCCCGCAAAUUCCACAACCAAAACCCUAUCAAUGAUACUCCCUCACAUCCCUUCCGAGGAUGCCACCAAUUUCCGAAACACUAAUGUUGCGCAGAAUGCACCAUAGUUCGUGCCGAUAUAUCCAGUCUUGGCUUUCAAGUAUGCCCAGCUAUUCAUGUCUCUUUUGCAACAUGUAUUUUUCUUCCCAGGUUUGCUUCACUUGCUUCGCAACAGCCUCGCCAAAAAUAUGAGCUGGGGCUUGGGCGACUUUCAAAGGAUCGUGGAUCGUCACCAAAAGCGUUCCCCGCGGGCCAUCCAUCGAAUAUCCGAGAUCUUUCAAGGCUCUCCAGAAUGCGCCUGUCAGUCUUUUGGCCAUCAGGUUUCGCACCACGGUACUGCCCCCUCCCCUGCAUAUUGUCAUUGGUGCUAUUCCAGGCCUUAAAUGUUGCAGAUGGUAGGGGUGUAUGAUGUAUCGAGGCGAGUAUUGAACAAGGCAGUUGAAUAAUACUUUCACUUUUUGUUCGUCAGGCCCCAGAUGCAGACGUGUAGCCUUAGAGUUGUCGUACUCGAUGCCUGUUUCUUGAAGAAAUGACCAGACUUCUGGUGUGGUGAGCAGUCUUCCAGAUGGUGAUACAUGGUCGUUUGCUGGUGGGAUGUAGAUCCGGGGCGAUUUAGGCCGUCCUUUCGUUCCGUCUCGAUUCGGUGACUGCCCUGGCCUGCUAGGAGUCUUUUGAGGGCGGUCUUUUGUAUUUUGGUGAGAUAUUCGUGGGGUUGAUGAGUAAAGUCGGUAGCUGGGGGAGGGUGUCGAUCGCAGGAGUUUGAUACCUGACAAGACUUGUGCCGUUGUCAUGAUGCAAGAUUUCGACGGGAUACUAUCAUGUUGAGGUGGGAUAUGAUACUUUCUUCGGAGAUGAGAGUUUCUGGGUGACUUGGUGCCGUUCGUUCGUUGCCUAGUUGCGAGGGAGUGCGCCAGGGAAGUUGGAAUCAAGCAUGAUGAAGCACGAUGCGCAAAUCGAUUUCAUGAGUUUACGAUUUCUCAACAUGCUCGAC